AUGGCAAAAUCAAGCUACUUUGAAACAAUUUAAAACGUUUUGGGUGAAUACGGCGUUCAGAGGAACGAAUAGGUUUUGAGCUAACUAUUCAAAGUUAUUUUUGGAUAUUCCAAUACUGUCUUAGAAAUCUUCAAAUAAAUAUUCAAUCACGUCUUCCUCGUAUACAACGCUUCUUACAAUAUUACAAACUAACACUAAUAAAUUGAAAAGAUCAUAAAAGACCUCCAAGAAAAAUUAAUUGUAAAUGAAAACAUAGUGAAAAGAAGUACAAUUAACAUCAUUUCAGUUAAAUUCAAUCUUUCAAGGGAAGUUAGUAAAGUCCUCUGCGAAAAGCUAUUCGUUAUUAGUCAAGAUAUCAUAUCUUCUAGAAUAAUUAACUACCUUAUUGAUAAGAAAUCCGAAUACCUCCUCAACAAGCUAAGAAAAGAUCUUGUUAGAUCUGAAAACUACUUGCUCUUCUAAAUUGCCUCUCACUUCUGA